GGUAUUAAUUUCACCAUUUUUAUAUACACGUGUUUAUUUCACUUGUGACAAAUUGUGAUGAAAAAAAUAUACUUUAAAAAUUUUAUUUAAUUAACAAAUUUACAAAAUGAAGGUGAAAAUUCUAACAAGAAAUCCUGAUGAAUACUUAAGAGAAACAAAACGUGACAUAUAUAAAGUACCUAGGAAUUAUGAUCCAGCAUUACAUCCUUUUGAAGCAGCAAGAGAAUAUACUAGAGCUUUAAAUUCAGUAAAAUUAGAAAGAGUAUUUGCAAAACCUUUUAUAGGAUGUUUGGAAGGUCAUAAAGAUGGAGUAUCUAGUAUGUGUAAGCAUCCUUUCCAUUUGUCUACUAUACUUAGUGGAGCUUUUGAUGGAGAAAUAAGAAUAUGGAAUCUUACACAAAGAAAAUGUAUACGUAAUUUUUUGGCUCAUGAUGGUAUUGUAAGAGGAAUUGUGUUUAAUGCAACUGGUGAACAGUUCAUUACUGUUGGUGAUGAUAAAACUAUUAAAACAUGGAAGUCACAAAAAACAUCAUUUGGUGAAGAAGAAGAACCUAUAAAUACAAUUAUUAGUAAGACUGUAAUAACUGGAAUCUCUCAUCAUCGUUCUCAACCAAUAUUUGCAACUUGUGGUGAAGUAUGCCAUUUAUGGGAAGAAACUCGUAAUGAACCAAUUCGUACAUUAAAAUGGGGUAUUGAUACUUUAUAUGAUAUUAAAUAUAAUCCUGUCCAAAUGAAUUUAUUUGCUGCUUGUGGAAGUGAUCGUAGUAUAAUUUUAUAUGAUGCCAGAGAAACAGGUCCUUUGAGAAAAGUUUUUAUGAGAUUAAGAACUAAUAGAUUGGCUUGGAAUCCUAUGGAAGCUAUUACUUUCACAUGUGCUAAUGAAGAUUAUAAUUUAUAUACUUACGAUAUUCGUAAAUUGAAAACACCAGUAAAUGUGCAUAUGGAUCAUGUAGAAGCUGUAAUUGAUGUUGAUUACUCACCAACUGGUAAAGAAUUCGUAUCCGGUAGUUAUGAUAAAUCUAUUCGCAUUUUUGAAGUAAAUAAAGGUCAUUCUCGAGAAGUUUACCACACAAAACGUAUGCAAAGAUUAACAUGCAUGGGCUGGUCUCUUGAUAACAAGUAUAUUAUUAGCGGAAGCGAUGAAAUGAAUAUUCGUGUUUGGAAAGCAAGGGCGUCAGAAAAAUUGGGUGUGUUAAAACCUAGAGAAAAGGCAGCAUUAAAUUAUAGUGAAGCUUUGAAAGAAAAGUUUGCUGCACAUCCUCAAGUGAAGCGAAUUGCCCGACAUAGACAGAUUCCAAAACAUAUUUACAACGCAAAGAAUGAAUUACGUACGAUUCGAGAGAAGAUUAAACGAAAGGAGUCUAAUAGACGUGCUCAUUCUAAACCAGGAACUGUACCUUUCAUUUCGGAAAGAAAAAGACACGUUGCACAGCAAGAAAUAUAAUUUAGAAUUUUAUAUAUUGUAAUAUUUUUAAUAAU